AUGCUCGUGGCCUCGGGCGUCGAGACCACGCUGGCCCACCUGGCGCUGGAUACGCUGGGCGACACCACCGAAGCCGCCGCUGUCCGCCGUGCCGCUGGUGCCGUCGUGGCACAUGAGAGAGCUCUCGACACGACGUCGGUUCGAAAACUACUCGUCGACGAGACGACGACACUGGCACCGGCGCUCACACUGGCACUGCUGCGGCUGGUGCCUCCCAACGACCCGAGCUUGCCCUCGUUGCCGUGGUCCUCGCUCUUGUCGAUGGAGACACCGGUUGAUGUCUGCAGUCGGUUUGCGCACUCGGUCCUUGGCCUCUCGGAGACCAAGCGCUCGGCAUUUAGGGACCUCAUCACGGAGGCAUGGACGACGUCGCAUCAGUCGGACGCAAUGCUCAGUGUGCGCGCCGCGUCUUUGCUGCUGCUGUCGGUUGCGCCGCGUCCGUCUCUGGCGUCGCUCUUGCCAGCGGUGUCCACCGUCUUGGUCUGGUCGGGACCACUCGAUCGCUUCUACGCAGCGCUUUUGGGCGACGUGCUCUGCGUUCUCAGCCUACUGGGCGCACUGCUCCGAGUGACAUCAGACCGCUUUGCCGAUCCCACGCUCCUCGAACGUCUUUUGGCGCCGAUGGCAGCACUGCUUCCGCGCGUGCUGCCGCUGCUUUUACCGCAGGAGUCCACCAAACUCUCCACCCUCAGCAACCACGUCGCCGCACUCCUCGUGCACACGGAGGUGGCACCGGCGCCGCUCGCAUCGAUCCUCACGUCAAUCGCCGAGUCGGGCGAGGUAUCGAUUGCGCCCACACACAACCUCGUGGCCGUGGCGUGGCGCCGGCUCCUUGGCGCCGCCGACACGAUGCGACUGCGCGGCGUCUCGGCGACCGACAGCUUUCUGCUGUACGCAAGCCUCCUCACCGGUCUUUUCUUCGCCUCCAAGACGGCGCAGGACGACGCGACGGCGCUGGAGCUCCCGCGGCACAUGGCCACCAUCUACACGACGCUUUGCAAGCCGGCGGUCAACGCACCGGUGGCCUCGGCGGCACUCGCCCUGCUGAUCAACUACGUCCGUGCCAACGACACCUCGAAGCGCGCG